GAUACUGGUACAGACGAUAUAUCAACCGAUGAAAAAGUUAGAAAUGCUUCAAGAAGUUUCCGUCAAACUUUUGAUAUUCCAAUGACAGAAAGACUGGUAAAUUGUAAGUUAUCAAAAAUUAAAUUUAUUUUCUUUUUUCCUUUAUUUAAUAUAUAUAUAUAUGAUUUAUAG